AUGCGCAUGCGUACAUCUCACAUCAUCAGCGCAAUGAUCCCCGAUGACUGUGGGAGUGAUGAGAACUCAAAACGUCGUAUGUGGUGCUCUUCCGCUCUCACAGGCAUGGGUCUCGCGAGUAAACAAUCACUUCCGUCAAAAAUGCUUAUUGUAUUUGCAUCUGGUAAAGGCUCCGAAUUUGAAGGGUUUCAACAACCUGUCAUCGGACCCAAGCCAAUGGUUUCGCAGCUUGUCGCCGAUUCGGCCCCUGUGCUUCCUUGGCCGACAGGUAACAUCUGGCCGUUAGCACGGCUUCACCCUGCGGCAUUCUUCUAUCCCUCUCGAUUUGAGUUUCUCAGCUUCUGCGGUCAUCACAUUGUGUCCGAACGCUUUUCUUUUGGGCGGCAAAUUAAUGAGCCACCGGGGAUCGAUCUCGUGGCUCGAAUGCUGUCCACUGCUUUACUUGUAGACACACACAUGCGCGCCAUGGACCAGGCCGCAUGGUGCAAAGAGAUGAGCCAGAUAUGA